AUGGAUGGAACUGCUGUUUCCGUGGUCCAACCUGUUCCCACACUUGUAAACUCCCCUUCAGUCCACCGUUCGACCUCUACCGGGGUUACGCCAAUUGAUCAGACGUCAUGGAAACCUAAGAAACGGUCUCGGAUCACAUCCUCCCCAUCACCAACCAACUAUAACCCCAGUCCUACUCCCCCUUCUUCACGAAUCACGAAAACCAAUAACUCUAAGCAAUAUGGGUCCAAGCCGUCACCCUCACCCUCACUCUCACUCUCACCCUCACCCUCAUCGCUGACUAAACCGUCACCCAAGAGACGAAGAACAGCUGCCGGUGUUGUGACUUCAGUUGCCGCCGCCGUCACCGCAACAUCAGACGAUCUUAGGCACCACCCUCCUGAUACUAACUGGGGCUAUUCUAUUCCGUCGGGGCCUCUUAAUUACGGCAUAGAACCCAUCAUAUCAAAUGCAACGAGGGAUCACUUCAGCCUGUCCCCUACUACCCUCACACAGGAGCAAGGUCUGGAAGGUUAUAACUGGAAUGGCAAUAAUUCAGCCCAGUUGACCUCAAGUAGCAGCAGCCUGCCCUCAGUAUCCUCCCCGUUACUCCCUUAUCUAACUACACAAGAACCUGCAUCGUACAAUAAUUUUCCGCGAAGCUAUUUAGCAGAUUACACAGGUUUAACCACGCCCAGCUAUCCUGUCUAUUCUUUCCUCCCCCCUUGGAACCCGGUGAAGACGCCAGGCAUGCUCGUCGAAUAUCGACCACGUCUUGAUGGUGGCUCCUCUAUUCCGGAGCGACGGCCACCCGGGUCUAGCCCCUUAAUCCCGGAGGAGCGUGAUGAAAAGAGUCUGAUCGAGCCUAUAGAUGAAGGGUGGAUAGAUUUGGGGUUAUCGGUAAAGAAGGACAGUGCUAGCCAUCACGACGGUUCCCCACAGGUUUCCGACCUCUCAGGUAAAAGCACUCCCAUACUCGAGGAGGAAGAAAAAGAAGAAGAAAAAGAAGAGGAGGAAGAAUUGUGGGAAAGUGUUAUCGAAGACGACGCUGCCAUUGAUGGAAACUGCCCAGUGUCUCACCCCGAGAGGCGUUCCCAGUCACACCUGAGUGAUCAGAACCGUAAGGAGACGGGAAGCACCCGAAAGUUAAAGUGCAAGGCAGAUCCGAAAAACCCGCGAGGGGUUGAUUGCUUGACCUGCCGUAACAUCAAAUUGGACUCUAAGAAAGUGAUCCAUAGACUACCAUGUCUGCGAUGGAAGCUUGCCGAUGUUGCCCUUUUCCGCGAGGGUGGUCUUGAUUUGACAAAACGAUGGAGUGGAACCAGGAUGAAAGAUCUUGGACCGCGAGACUGGGUUAACAGCAACGACGUCCGCACGAUUAAGAUGAUCAUGGGAAGCCGUCAUCCGAUGGUGUUGAGGGUCAAGAAGUUCACGCCUAUCGAUGGAGACGUAAUUUGCAAAUACUGGGUUGAUAAGAAGGGGGAGAAACAAAAAAUCGACAUCGAACCUUAUGCCCUCGCAAGCAUCUGGGAAACUGCUAAAAGAUACGAGGAAUACAUAUAUGACUAUGCGCACCCGGCCGUACGAGAGUACUCUCAAGAUCGUCAGGUCGAUACUUUGGUGCGAAGGACUUACCGGGCGGCGAUAGAAUACGCCCAGAAGUGUAAAAAUACCUCGGUUGAAUCGGGAUCAGAAAAUAUGAAGAAUGCAGUUCUACUCGAACAGUAUUUUUACUUAUGGUUCGCAACUCGAAAUACCCUAAGAUCGGCCUUCAUCGUGGGAGAAGAAACGCUGGAUAUGAAGGCAAUAGACAACCCCGAAUGUCCAUACCAUGGGACGAUAUCAAUACCGCGGAUGAUCCCGGCACAGUUCGACUCCCUCGGACAGCGGGUACUUGUACAAUUAAGAAAGUUUGUACUCGAGGGCUUAUGGAGGGUAAUGGCGGGCAAGAAUCCGCACCACUUUUACUUUGUUUACCUGAUCGUGUUCAUGCUUCUCCACGAAGUUUCCUUCACCUCUGCCGAUAGGCUGCGUCGGGCUAAGGACAAUAAAUAUACUGAAUACCGGUACGAUCUGGCCAAGUUUGUGGAAGGGCUCCAAGAGGGGGCGAAUAAUAUCCUUAGCCAUUGGCACUACUAUAAACGAGACGUGAACACAUUGAUGACGGAAAUGGAAUCCGAGGACCGGAAGAACACGGUCUGGGGAACUUUGAAUCCCGGCGAGGUGAAACUACUGAUCGAAACGCGCGAGGCCUAUGGAAAAGUGGCAGGGAAGAAGUUGGAAUGGGAGCACGACCUUUACUUUGUGUCGCAGAUGUUUGAAGAAAACUGGCAUCCACGUAAGACGUUUAGCCGGUAGAAAUGGGAGGACAUGCACCUACACUUAUAUAUACCUCAGGUAUUGUAUUGAUGCGUUCUCGAAGCCAGGGGGGGACAAAUGUGACGAUAGUUGCUCCCAGCAUAAUAAUCCGUGCUUCAGCAUGGACUUGAGUAGCUGAGGUUUCCACGAAUCAUACAUACGAUAUUGACUGCAUGUCUUGAAUAAGUCUGAACAUCUUCUUACGACUAAGAGAUGUAUUACGGUUAACAUGUUAAGAAGGAAAAUGUAGAAGAAAAGGUGCAGCUUUUCAAUUACUUAAAUGCGGUCUGCAGCUUGUAUGUAAGGGUACCUAGGUACCUAGCAAGCCACGUUUCCAUGCCACAGCAUGUAUGUACAAUUGUACAACCUUACAGGUACCUAGGUACACUGGGUAACCUAGUAGAAUGGAAGGCUCUUAUCUUGCCAAGUGGCCUCCUAUCAAUACAUCUGUGUAGCACCUGCAGCGACAAAGUCGCCAGAUCGCAUUUAAGAAUUAAGAAUUAAGAAUUAAGAAUUAGGAAUAUCGCCAAUUCGUCGUUGUCUCUACCCAACCGACAGCUGCUACCUUUUAGCAAUUCGCGAUCCGAAUUAGAGAGUUCUACAAUUUACUUUCAUAUUUCAUAUUUCAUAUUUCAUAUCUCCUACUUCGUGCUACUUCGUACCGAAUAACAAGUCCAACCUCGAUUCUUUAUU